GUGUGCUUUUGUGGCUGAUUCCUUAAACUCGUUCGCGUUGCUAAUGGUCGCGUGUGAAAAAUACAAUAAAAUACAACACUGAAAGGCCAGGAAAAUCUAUCAAAUUAAGGCCAAAACACGGAAAUUAUCUACAAUCCUCGAACAACUCCUACUGCAGACUAACAAUAAUUGCCAAAUUUUUACAAACCGCCGCUUUAAACUCGUCCAAAUAAAUAACCAUUAAAAUACAACCAAAUUAAAAGUCACCACCGUCGAAUUUCUACAAAUAAAAGCCAUUUUCUAAACAAAAUAAAAAGCUUUCCCCGUAUUUAAGUGAGUCUGAAUAAAGUGUGCAUGUCUGUGCGGCGACUGAGACCAAACACACCUGUUGCCGCGAUGCUUUGACCGCAUUUCCCCGGUUGGCAUUUGGCAAGCACAAUUUUCCGAGGAAAGCGCCCUGUAAAACAUCAUUUUAAACGACUGUGCAAAUCAAUAUUGUGCGUCCGAAUGAAACUUCAAAUAUGAAUACAGGAGACCGUAAGGAGCAAGCCUCGUUAACACCGCAACAGCAACAAUCGCCGCAGCAGCCAGAGCCACAGCAACCAAUUACCCGACACGAUGCCUUGGAUAGUUCUAGUGCUAACAAUAAACUGAACCAUAAACACAAUAACGAUAAGGAUAAGGAUAAGGAUACCACAGCUAGCGAUAAGAAUUGGGAGGCGGGCAGAGAUUUAUUGCCGGCCAGUGUUGUCAUCGUCGAUGAAUCAUGCCCCUCGAAAAGCCAGUUAGAGUCGAGUGUGGUCCCGCGAAGUGGUGCCACCUCCUCAUCGCAACGCCGCCGGCAAUUGCAAUUCCAGAGACAAAAGGAGGCCAAACUUUAUGACCGCGGAGACGGGGAGCCAUCGACCUCGACCUCUGCCUCUGCUUCAGCCUCUGCUUCAGCCUCAGCAUCUGCCUCAACCUCCAACUCGACCACAACUACUGUGAUGGGUGGCGGGGAGCUGGUGAACUGUAUUGCCUACGAUGACAACACCCUGGUCAUCGAGAGGAAGCCCUCGCCCACCUCCCCGUCCACCUCCCGGCGUUAUCUGAAGGCCGAAACUCCGACGCGUGGCAGUCGAAAGUAUAAUCGCAAGUCAUCAUCAUCGGCUUCGGCUUCGGCAUCGGUCAAAAGUGAUUUGGAAGUGGUCGUUGUCAAACCGGAACACCAUCGAUCGCCAACGAUAACACUGCCGGUGCCGGCAAAUCCACUGACCACUUCCGCAUCGGCGGGCACUUCGCCCACGGGAGCGGGAUUGGGAUCAGGAUUGGGAACUGCCACGGGAACGGUCCUGCAACAAAGUUGCAGUGCCCUUGAGCCGUUGGAGGAUCCAAAUCAGGCCAGUGGAACCAGUGGCACCAGUGGAACCAGGAGACGACCCACCAGCACCGAACUCGCGCUCAGCAACGUCACCAGUCAGAUUGUGAACAACACCACCUACAAGUUAGACUUUAAGCAGCGGCGUCACAAAAGCAACAACGGUGGUGCUGAAUCGUCGGCUGGAUUGGGAUCCUUGACAGGAUUAGCCACAGGAUCGGCGACAAGUCCUGGAGCGGCAGCGGCAAGCGGCUCUUCGAGCAGCAGUAAACGUCGCAAGUCGAGUUGCACAUCCUGCGGUGGAGGUGGUAUCAGUGCCCCGCCCCCACGUUUAACGCCCGACGAGGCGUGGCAACUGCAGCCGCAGAAUAGUGUAACCAGUGCUGGGAGCACGAAUAGUAGUUUAAGCAGCGGUGGCGGACGCGACGACGAUAGUAGUUAUAGCGCUGUCGGCGGCGACAGCAGCAGCAGCAAUAGUUGCAACUGCGAUAUUACCGGUGAUAAUAGUACAUUGCAUGGCUUUGGCGUCGGUGACGUGAGUAGUUUCAUCGGUGACUGUGACGACGAUAACGAGGACGACGAGGACAACGAUCUCGACAAUCCAGAUCUCAGUUCGCAAACCCUUCGCACAGCCGCCAUUGUAGCGGCCGUUGCUGCGGCGGCAAAGGAACAGGCCCAGGAGCAAUCGCUAGCCGACUGCGAGAGCUUCAGCGAUCGGCGCCAGGAUGCCGAUGACGGUGUCCGAAUUAUCCAGGACAGCGGCGGCACCAACAACAACAACGACUCACUCGAGGACGUCGGCGAGGUGGACGACAACGCCGACGUUGUGGUGAGAAAGAACUCGCGGAAUCGCCCCUCCAUCAGUCGGACAUGCAGGAUCACCGAGGAGGACGACGACGACGAGGACAUCGCUAUCGGUGAUCAGGAGGAUCAGGAGCUAGACGACGAGGAGCCCGAGGGCACCACCAUAGACAUUGAUGAGCAGGAGCAGCAGCAGCAGCAGGACCAAGACGAAUCCGCUGAGGACGAGGACGUGGACGAGGACGAAGAAGACGACGACGAGGACGUCGACGAGUAUUUCGAGGAGGAGGAGGACGACACCCAGGCCUUUUCGCCAUUCUACUCCAGCUCAGCAGAGCUAAUAGACAAUUUCGGUGGCGGUGCCGGUAAGUUCUUCAACAUCAUGGACUUUGAGCGCGGAGCCUCCGGCGGUGGCGGCUUUUCCCCGAACGGCAAUGGCGGUCCUGGGAGCGGCGACAACUCCGGAGCGGCCAGAUACGAUUCCGGGGAGGGGGAUCUGGGCGGCGGCAACAACAUCAUGGGCAUCGAUUCUAUGGGCAUUGCAAACAUUCCGGAAACAAUGAACGGCACCACAAUUGGACCAAGUGGAGUUGGUGGCCAGAAAGCUGGCGCUGCUGCAAGUGCAGCCGGCCAAAAGAGGCAGCAGCGGAGGGGCAAGCCGCAGCCAGAUCGACCGCAAAGAGCCCUAUUUUGCCUCAGCGUCAAGAAUCCAUUGCGAGCACUCUGCAUUCGCAUUGUGGAGUGGAAACCAUUUGAGUUCCUUAUUUUGUUAACCAUAUUUGCCAAUUGUAUUGCCUUGGCUGUUUACACGCCUUAUCCGGGCAGCGAUUCGAACGUAACGAAUCAAACUUUGGAAAAAGUUGAAUAUAUAUUCCUAGUAAUAUUCACAGCGGAAUGUGUUAUGAAAAUUUUAGCAUAUGGUUUUGUGUUACAUAAUGGUGCAUAUCUAAGAAAUGGAUGGAAUUUAUUAGAUUUUACAAUUGUAGUUAUAGGAGCGAUAAGUACAGCACUCUCCCAUUUGAUGAAGGACGCCUUCGAUGUGAAGGCCCUACGUGCCUUUCGUGUGCUACGUCCACUGCGACUUGUAUCGGGUGUUCCAAGUCUCCAGGUUGUGCUGAAUUCGAUUUUAAAGGCCAUGGUGCCACUGUUUCACAUUGCACUCCUGGUCAUAUUCGUAAUCAUAAUCUACGCGAUCAUUGGCCUCGAGCUCUUCUCGGGCAAAUUGCACAAGGCGUGUCGCGAUGAGAUCACAGGUGAAUACGAGGAAAACAUACGACCUUGCGGAGUGGGCUAUCAGUGUCCACCAGGCAUGAAGUGCUAUGGCGGCUGGGAUGGACCAAACGACGGCAUCACCAACUUCGACAACUUUGGCCUGGCCAUGUUGACGGUGUUCCAGUGCGUCACCCUCGAGGGCUGGACUGAUGUCCUAUACAGCAUCCAAGAUGCAAUGGGCAGCGACUGGCAGUGGAUGUACUUCAUUUCCAUGGUCAUUCUGGGCGCCUUCUUCGUGAUGAAUCUGAUUCUCGGUGUGUUGUCCGGUGAGUUCUCCAAGGAGCGUAACAAGGCCAAGAAUCGCGGUGACUUCCAGAAGCUGCGCGAAAAGCAGCAGAUCGAAGAGGACCUGCGCGGCUAUCUCGACUGGAUCACCCAAGCCGAGGACAUCGAGCCCGAUGCCGUGGGUGGUCUGAUAUCCGAUGGCAAGGGCAAACAGCCCAAUGAAAUGGACUCCACCGAGAACCUGGGCGAGGAAAUGCCCGAGGUUCAGUUGACUGAGUCGCGUUGGCGUAAAAUGAAAAAGGACUUUGAUCGGGUGAAUCGCCGAAUGCGACGAGCCUGUCGCAAGGCCGUCAAAUCCCAGGCAUUCUACUGGCUCAUCAUCGUUCUGGUGUUCCUCAAUACGGGCGUCCUGGCUACGGAGCAUUAUGGCCAACUAGAUUGGUUGGACAACUUCCAGGAGUACACCAACAUGUUCUUCAUCGGACUUUUCACCUGCGAAAUGUUAUUGAAGAUGUACAGUCUGGGCUUUCAGGGCUACUUCGUUUCGCUGUUCAAUCGCUUUGAUUGUUUCGUGGUGAUUGGCAGUAUAACAGAGACCUUGUUGACCAAUACGGGAAUGAUGCCUCCUUUGGGUGUUUCUGUGUUGCGAUGUGUCCGACUCCUAAGAGUUUUUAAAGUAACCAAGUACUGGCGAUCUCUAUCAAAUCUCGUUGCUUCCCUAUUGAACUCUAUACAAUCGAUUGCUUCGCUUUUGUUACUGCUCUUCCUGUUUAUUGUGAUAUUUGCUCUGCUGGGUAUGCAAGUCUUUGGCGGUAAAUUUAAUUUCGAUGGCAAAGAGGAGAAGUAUCGAAUGAAUUUCGACUGCUUCUGGCAAGCUCUGCUUACAGUCUUUCAAAUCAUGACUGGUGAAGAUUGGAAUGCUGUGAUGUAUGUGGGCAUCAAUGCCUAUGGCGGUGUGUCCUCCUAUGGUGCCUUGGCCUGUAUUUACUUUAUCAUUUUGUUUAUAUGCGGCAACUACAUAUUGCUAAAUGUGUUCUUGGCCAUCGCUGUGGAUAAUUUGGCCGAUGCCGACUCGUUGUCCGAGGUGGAAAAAGAAGAGGAGCCACACGAUGAAUCAGCUCAGAAAAAGUCUCACAGUCCCACUCCAACAAUCGAUGGCAUGGAUGAUCAUCUUAGCAUAGAUAUCGAUAUGGAGCCACAUGAACUGGAUGACGAAGAUAAAAUGGACCAUGAAACUCUGUCCGAUGAGGAAGUCCGUGAAAUGUGCGAGGAGGAGGAAGAAGUGGAUGAAGAAGGCAUGAUUACAGCACGCCCCCGACGUAUGUCUGAGGUUAAUACGGCAACGAAAAUUCUACCCAUACCGCCGGGCACAUCAUUUUUUCUUUUCUCACAAACGAACAGAUUCCGUGUCUUCUGCCAUUGGCUUUGCAAUCACAGCAAUUUCGGCAACAUAAUCCUGUGUUGCAUUAUGUUUUCAUCGGCCAUGUUGGCAGCAGAAAAUCCUCUGAGAGCCAACGAUGAGCUGAAUAAAGUGCUCAAUAAAUUUGAUUACUUUUUCACGGCAGUUUUCACAAUAGAACUGAUUCUGAAAUUGAUUUCAUACGGUUUCGUGUUACACGACGGAGCCUUUUGCAGAUCCGCAUUUAAUCUAUUAGAUUUACUUGUGGUCUGUGUGUCAUUGAUAUCUCUUGUGUCCAGUUCGAAUGCGAUUUCAGUCGUGAAAAUUCUACGUGUGCUCCGUGUUUUAAGGCCACUCAGAGCCAUUAAUCGUGCCAAGGGUCUCAAGCAUGUUGUUCAGUGUGUCAUAGUCGCUGUUAAGACUAUCGGAAAUAUUGUGCUCGUCACAUGCCUACUGCAGUUCAUGUUUGCCGUUAUAGGAGUCCAAUUGUUUAAGUAUGUGGUCAAGUGCGUUGUAGUCGCAAUCAAAACCAUUGGUAAUAUCAUGUUGGUGACAUAUUUGUUACAAUUCAUGUUCGCUGUUAUUGGAGUACAACUCUUUAAGGGUAAAUUUUUCAAGUGCACGGACGGUUCCAAAAUGACGCAGGAUGAAUGCUAUGGCACCUAUUUGGUCUAUGACGAUGGUGAUGUCCACAAGCCGCGACUCAAGGAGAGGGAAUGGAGUAACAAUCGUUUUCACUUUGACGAUGUGGCCAAGGGCAUGUUGACCCUUUUCACGGUGUCCACUUUUGAGGGUUGGCCAGGAUUGCUGUACGUUUCGAUUGAUUCGAACAUGGAAAACGGCGGACCAAUACACAACUUCCGUCCGAUUGUAGCUGCCUACUAUAUAAUCUACAUUAUUAUUAUUGCCUUCUUUAUGGUGAACAUAUUCGUCGGUUUCGUUAUUGUCACUUUCCAAAAUGAGGGUGAACAGGAAUACAAAAAUUGUGAUCUGGAUAAAAAUCAGCGUAAUUGCAUAGAGUUCGCAUUGAAAGCGAAACCUGUAAGGCGCUAUAUACCCAAGCAUGGUAUACAAUAUAAGGUCUGGUGGUUCGUCACAUCGUCGUCCUUUGAGUACACCAUAUUCAUAUUGAUUAUGAUAAACACGGUAACGCUGGCUAUGAAGUUCUACAAUCAGCCUUUGUGGUAUACGGAACUUCUGGAUGCCUUGAAUAUGAUCUUUACGGCGGUGUUUGCCCUGGAGUUUGUAUUCAAACUUGCCGCAUUUCGAUUUAAGAACUAUUUUGGAGAUGCCUGGAACGUUUUCGAUUUCAUCAUUGUUUUGGGCAGUUUUAUUGACAUUGUCUACUCUGAAAUUAAGAGCAAAGACACUUCUCAAUCAGCACAAUGUGAUAUUGUCGAGGGCUGUAAGGCCCAAAAGAAAUCUGCUGGCUCAAAUCUUAUAUCCAUCAACUUCUUUCGUCUGUUUCGCGUAAUGCGACUUGUGAAGCUUCUCAGCAAAGGCGAAGGCAUUCGAACAUUACUUUGGACCUUUAUAAAAUCUUUUCAGGCACUGCCCUAUGUAGCACUGCUGAUUGUUCUUCUAUUUUUCAUCUAUGCUGUGGUGGGAAUGCAAGUUUUUGGCAAAAUUGCUUUGGAUGGUGGUAACGCCAUAACUGCCAAUAACAACUUCCAGACUUUCCAGCAGGCUGUUCUCGUACUAUUCAGAUCGGCCACCGGAGAAGCCUGGCAGGAAAUUAUGAUGUCCUGCUCGGCCCAACCGGAUGUAAGAUGCGACAAGAACUCAGACACACCGGAUGAUCCGUGCGGAUCCUCAAUAGCCUAUCCCUACUUCAUUUCUUUUUACGUUCUCUGCUCGUUUUUGAUCAUCAAUCUUUUCGUGGCUGUCAUUAUGGACAACUUUGACUAUCUGACGCGCGAUUGGUCCAUUUUGGGUCCCCAUCAUUUGGACGAAUUUAUUCGCCUUUGGAGCGAGUACGAUCCGGAUGCCAAGGGGCGCAUCAAACACUUAGAUGUGGUGACAUUGCUGAGAAAGAUAUCCCCGCCACUGGGAUUUGGCAAACUCUGUCCACAUCGAAUGGCCUGCAAGCGGCUGGUUUCCAUGAACAUGCCUCUCAACUCAGAUGGAACUGUUCUGUUCAAUGCCACGCUGUUUGCCGUGGUCCGCACCUCGUUAAGCAUCAAAACGGAGGGCAAUAUCGAUGAUUGCAAUGCCGAGCUGAGAGCCACGAUCAAGCAGAUCUGGAAACGCACCAAUCCUAAGCUUCUGGAUCAGGUUGUCCCACCGCCGGGCAACGAUGACGAGGUGACCGUGGGCAAGUUCUACGCCACAUAUCUGAUCCAGGACUACUUCCGGCGGUUCAAGAAGCGCAAGGAGCAGGAGGGCAAGGAGGGCCAUCCGGACAGCAACACGGUCACUCUGCAGGCCGGUCUGCGAACCCUGCACGAGGUGUCCCCGGCUCUCAAGAGAGCCAUCUCCGGCAAUCUCGAUGAGCUGGACCAGGAGCCGGAGCCCAUGCAUCGCCGCCACCAUACGCUUUUUGGCAGCGUGUGGUCGUCGAUCCGCCGACAUGGGAACGGAACCUUCCGGCGGAGUGCCAAGGCGACGGCCUCGCAGAGCAACGGUGCCCUGGCGAUUGGCGGAUCCGCCUCCGCGGCGAUGGGCGUGGGCGGCAGUUCGCUGGUGCUGGGCAGUGCGGAUCCCGCUGGCGGGGAUUACCUGUACGACACCUUGAACCGCAGUGUGGCCGAUGGGGUGAACAACAUCACGCGGAACAUAAUGCAGGCAAGAUUGGCGGCCGCGGGAAAGCUGCAGGACGAACUGCAGGGGACCGGAAGCGGAGGGGAGCUUAGGACCUUUGGCGAGAGCAUUUCGAUGCGACCGCUGGCCAAAAACGGGGGCGGAGGAGGAGCGGCCACUGUGGCCGGUACGCUGCCGCCCGAGGCCAAUGCCAUUAACUAUGACAACCGCAAUCGUGGUAUUUUAUUGCAUCCAUAUAACAAUGUCUACGCACCCAAUGGUGCUAUUCCUGGCCACGAACGCAUGAUCCAAUCGACACCAGCUAGUCCCUACGAUCAGCGUCGUUUACCAACUUCAUCUGAUAUGAACGGCCUGGCCGAAUCAUUGAUUGGAGGGGUACUCGCCGCUGAGGGAUUGGGUAAAUACUGUGACUCCGAAUUUGUAGGAACGGCUGCGCGGGAGAUGCGCGAGGCCCUGGACAUGACGCCCGAGGAAAUGAACCUGGCCGCCCACCAGAUCCUCUCGAACGAGCACUCGCUCAGCCUGAUUGGCAGUAGCAAUGGCAGCAUCUUCGGCGGUUCAGCCAGUGGCCUUGGUGGGGGUGGUGCUGGUGGGUUGGGCGGUAGCAGCAACAUUCGCAACGCUUUUGGCGGAAGCGGAAGUGGUCCGUCCUCGAUGUCGCCGCAAAAUCAGCCGUAUUCGGGCACUCUGAACUCACCACCGAUUCCGGAUAAUCGUCUGAGACGCGUUGCCACUGUUACGACCACAAACAAUAACAAUAAGUCCCAACUUAGCCAAAACAAUUCGAGUAGUCUAAAUAGCAGAGCUAAUGCCAAUAGCCAAAUGAACAUGUCACCAACACAAUCGCCCCAAAGAGGUCAGGGGAAUCAGAACUUCUCCUCAUAGCACCCACACUUUAAGCUACACAUACAGAACGUCUUCUUGAUGGAAUUUUAGGAGUAUAUCUAGCGGAAAUCGAAGUUGCAUGGUUGAUUUAUGUAUAAUUUUUAGCGAAGAAAAAACACUUUAGUAUUAGAGUCGGGAAUUAGUAUAUUUGAAUUGUUCGCAAGCGAGAACCAAACAAAAGGAAACUUGUAUAAAGCAAAUCAGUUAAUUGUAAUUGUAUAAAAAUAAUAAUGUUUUUGCCUUUUUGGGAAAUCUAUCGUGGGUAUUCGUCCUCUAACGAGCCACAAACCAAAAAACCAAACUGAACAAUAUAAGAAAAAAUGUAUAUUUUUGGAAAACAAAGAAAAAACCAACCUAAACUGAUAAUGUUUAACUUGUAAUUAGAACUACGAAUCAAAACCGAAAAAGAUAAAAUAAUAGCACACCAAUAUAAUUGACUAGGUAAUAAUCAUCAAAACUUGAAACAAAUAUUUAUAUAUUAACAUUGAACAUUACAUUAUUGAGCGACAGUGUAAUUACCUAUUUCGAUUUAGACGCAUUUUAUUUUUUAAGUAUUUAAUAAAUGAACAAUUUAUAAUAAAUAGAAUUGUUUACUAUAUAUGUAGCAGACAUAUAAAUGUAAUAGCAUAAUUUCAAAAUGAAUGAGAGACCGGAGCCCUUUAAAAAAUUAAUGUAACUGAAUUUUAAU